CUAGCGGCGUUGCGCAACUUUAGCAUCGCCAAGCAGUUCCGCGAUAACCGCAGCACAAUCAUGUCCUUGGAUUUCGACAGCAAAGGCACACGUUUAAUAACAACCAGCAAGGACGAGAGCCUGCAUAUAUAUGACACAGAUGCGGGCGUGCGGCGACAGGUUUUGUAUAGCAAAAAAUACGGCUGCAAUUUAGCCCGAUUCACAAGGCACGCGGGCAGUAUCGUGUACGCGUCGACAAAGGUCAACGACGAGAUCCGGUACAUGUCAUUGGAGACGAACCAGUAUAUUCGCUACUUUGCGGGCCAUACAUCAAACGUCAUCAGCAUGUCUCUGUGCAGCACAAACAGUCUCGUGUCGGGCGACGUCGACGGAUGCGUGUAUCUGUGGGACUUGAAUGUCCCAAAGCCCGUUGGCUCACUAAACGUGCAGGCACGUGCAGUGGUGGAUUGCGACGGGCACGGGCUCACUGUGGCUGCUGUUAACGGGGAGUCGGGCGAGCUCAGUUUGUUUGACGUACGACAGCUGGGAAAGGGCGCAUUUGGUUCGGCCCGACUGGACAUAUAUGGACAGCAAAUCGACAGCCUGCAGGUUAUGCCGCCAUCAGGCGACCGGCUAAUAGUGACUAUGGACGAUGGCUCACAUAGCAUUGUCGAUGCCUUCUCACUGCAGCCAAUGUUGCGUCUCAAUGCACCGCGGUCUAGUGCAAAGCAGCCGGUGCAGCAAAGGUGCACUGUGACGCCAGAUGGCAAUGCGGUGAUUGCCGGGUGUGCCGACGGCAGUAUUGUGAUGUGGGAGAUAGCGGGAAUGGAGGAGCGCGGUGGGUCGACGGAUGUUUCGUGCGUGUGGGGCGGGCUGCAUGAUGACGGCGCUGUCAAUGUGUGUGCUUUCAAUCCACAUUUAAUGAUGUGUGCGACUGCUUCAGAAUCGCUAGCGUUCUGG